AUGGCCCAGACAUUGCCCACACCGCAGUUGCCUGGAACGGUUCCGCAGCCCUUUGCUGGCGUCGGCGUCCUGCCGCGACCGCCUAUGAAUCCAGGUAUGUGCGCCAAUAUCAUGCCUCCUAGACCACUGCAGCCCAUGCCGCCGAUGGGAGCGGGCAUGCCGGGUGGCUGUCCUGCCCCCCGUCCCAUGGGCCACUUAGCACUCCCCUCUCCCUACAAGGAGCCCUCAUUGCCUCCUCGACCACCGGCCGGCUCCCUGCCACAGCAGCUGGCGCAGCUUGCAGCAGCGGGUUCGCCGCAGGACCCCUCUCGUGGGCCAUCAGAUAGGAAGCCACAGCUGUACAUGCUUAUUGCGCAGCUUGCCACGCACGUGGAGGAGUCCCACAUGCAACAGAUACUGGAGCAGUGCGGAGACAUUCAGGCCUUCCGGCGAGGACAAGAUGCCGAGGGCCGACCCAUGAGCUUCGGCGUUGCACAGUUCGCAGAUGCGGAGUCUGCCUGGAAAGCCUUUACCUGCUUAAACAAGCGACGGCUGGCAGGCCAAGAGAUUAAGGUGCUGCUCGAGGAGAACACGGAGCAAACCAUCCUCAGGUGGAAGACUUCGCAGAAGGCAGUCUACCAUGUCAACAGCGACGAGGAACUCGAGUGGGAGUUGGAAAGAACAGCAGUGAGCUGCAAAGCCCUGCUUGACUCCAAAAUCGAGGAGCUGUAUGGUGCUUCGGAUGUCUCUGGUGGGGCGGCAGCCCAGAGAAGGAAAGAGCUGCGAGAGCGUGAGCAAAAGCGAGUGGAUCGGGCGAGAAAGCGAAAGGCCUGGCGCGAGGCAGAGUUCGGUAGAGAGCUGGACAGACUGCAGGCCGCGGAGAAAAGGCUUCGCGACGAGGAGAGGGAGCAGGACGACGCAGAUCGUGAGAAGGAGGACCAGGAGGUCCAAGAGAAGCAGAGGAAGGAGCUCAAGCUCGAGAAGCUCGAGGCCGAGGAUGGCUUGGUUCGUACGCUGAACGUGGCGCAGCUGGCGGACAAUCGGGCGCUGAUGCAGAUGGUAGAGAAGGUCCAGGAGGAGCCUCGCGAGGAGCUCUUUACGAUGAAGCUGGACACAGCGUAUUUGCGCAACGAGCGCUUGCUCGAGCGAAAGCUGCGGCCUUGGCUGGAGCGAAAAAUCGAUCUCUACAUGGGUGGCCAGACGUCAGACCUUGUGGAGCUAGUCAUCCGGCGGGUCAAUGGUGCGGUGCAGCCGGAUCCGCUGAUAGCCGAGCUGGAGAGGUUUUUGGACGAGUACGCCGAGCCUUUAGUCGAGCGUCUCUGGCGCAUGCUUGCGUUGGAGAUGAUGCAGAAUGGCAUUGCCCUCCCCAGCGUGGUGAAGCGACAAAAGAAGGAGGAGCUGAAAGAAGAGAAGUGA